AUGAUCAAUCCAUUUUAUGUUGUGUGUUUGGUGAUAAUUGGUGUUAGCAUAGCAGUUCAUGGUUCUCAAGAUACAAUCAAAGAAGAUUUGGAACUUGAAAGACAACUAAAGCUAAUCAAUAAGCAUCCUAUUAAAACUAUUCAUACCAAACAUGGAGACAUAGUUGAUUGUAUUGAUAUUUACAAACAACUAGCAUUUGAUCAUCCUUUGUUAAAGGAUCACAAGCUACAGAGAAAACGUAGUUUACAAAAAUCAAGUAUGAAGAAUUUAGGGAAAAAAUCUAAUUUUAAACUUGAAAGAGUCAAAUGUCCUAAAGGGUCCAUUCCUGUUCGAAGAACAACAAAAGAAGAUCUUAUUCGAGAAAAAAAAUUAUUAAAUAAGAAUAUUCUUGCUCAAGGAAUUCCUGGUGUUCAUCUUGCAGAAUUAGCUCUUUCACGGAAAUUUAGUCCAUACUAUGGUGUUGAAGGAAAAAACAACGUUUAUAAUCCACGAGUCACUAAAGGUCAAAUGUCUCUUUCUCAUGUGUGGGUUCAAAAUGGACCCAACAAUAAAAUCAGUCUUGGAUGGCAAGUGAGUCCAGAUUUGUAUGGUGACAAUAAAACUCAUUUAUACGCAUCAUGGACGAGAGACAACUUUCACAAGACAGGAUGUUAUAAUGUUCGAUGUCCAGGUUUUGUUCAUACUAAUUCCCAAAUUUAUCUUGGUCUACAUGCCGACAAUACAUCUAAAUAUAAUGGAACAAUUUAUGAGUUUGAGAAUUAUAUUUCUAUGCACCCAGUAACGAAAGACUGGUGGAUUCAAGCAUGUGGUGAAGAUGUUGGAUAUUAUCCUGCAAAGUUAUUCUCUAACUUGACUUGGGCAGAUAAAGUAGGGUGGGGUGGAAGAACAUUGACUCCUCACGGUUCUCCCAGCCCUCCAAUGGGAGCUGGACAUUUUCCUGAUAAUAACAUUUAUCAUUCAUGUUACUUCAGAAAUAUUUCUUUUGAAAAUGCAAUAAGAAUAAAGAAGGGACCGGAAAGAUAUCAAACAGAAAAGUACGUCGACAAACCUAAUUGUUUUGACCUUAAGUAUUACGGCAAUGUUCAUGGCAAUAGUGGAUAUAUGCUCCAAUUUGGAGGACCUGGUGGUAUGUGUGAUGAUUGA